AUGCACUGCAAUGCUGUGAAAGCAGAUAGCAUCUUUAUUUGUCGGGCGCUGAGCGGCGACCAGCGUGUGGUGGCGGGGGUGUGGUUGCGGUCUGCCGGGAGCCGCACCCCCGCGGCGAGGGCGCGCCCUGGACGGCAGCAGCGCUUUGUGCGCCGUGUGGGGGCGGCGGCCCACCCCCGGCCGCGGGGCGACAACAGGCCCUCCCCACAGCACUCACCCACCACCCCUGAGUACUGGCGCGCUCUCCUCCCCCCCGCUGCCAGCUCCGUUGGAGAGUCAGCGCCGUCGACGACGCCGCAGCCCGACGGUGCAGAGGUUCCUACAGCCUCCGCCCACCGCAGCGUCGUGGACACCCAGCCACCGUCACUGUCGGGAUCAGACACAGGGGUUCCUACCGACCGAGACUGUGUCGAGCCCCGCCCUCCAGUGGAUGUCGAAUCUCGGACCCGAAAGCAAAAAUCACCCAAGCGACACAAGAAGAGGCGAUUGUCAGCUGACGAACAGGACAGGAAUGUGAAGCCGGCGGAAGACAUCGACUUCGUUGACCCGCCCACAAUUGCAACGGACUCCAGUGGCAUCAUUCACCAGAAGGUGCCUGAAGACAAGGAACACUCUCCUAAAUCUGGUGGCCCAGAAAACGAGGCGCCCUACGUCGACUCCCAAAAUGUGGGCUCCUGUGAAAGCGUCCAGCCCCCAAUGACAUCACAAUCGUCUCUUGGUGAUUGGGCAGACGAUAUGGAGGCAGAUGAUGCACAGCAAACAUCGAUAUCUCCACCAGAGCCCAUGGCUGACAAUGAGCCCGGAGGGCUCUGCCAGUCAGGGACUUCUACGGCACAGUAA